CCCCUCCUCCUCCUCCUCCUCCUCCUCCACCCUCCCUCCAUUUCCUAAAUGGAAGUGAGCGCUCUCCGCGCGCUCUCGCUGCUCCUCAGCCCGCCUGCACGCGCUUACGUUCCCGUCGCCUUUCUCACCGUUUCUGCUCGCGCCGAGUGGAAGUGAGAGAGAGAGACAGAGAGACACACAGAAAGAGAGAGAGGGAGAGGAGAGAGAGAGAGAGAGAGAGGUAAGGGUCCUGCUGGAGGCCCUGAAGCUUCUUCUGCUGCUGCUGCUGCUGCUGCUGGAGUGAUGAUGAAGAUGAUGACGGCGAUGAAGGUGGUGAUGAGGAUGAUGAUGAAGAUUAACUGUGAAAAAUGCUCCACUGACUGAUCCGCUCUCCGCUCAAGCCCGCUCCGUAUUUUUUUGCAACAAUGAUGUAUUCUCCUCUCUGUCUGACUCAGGACGAGUUCCAUCCGUUCAUCGAGGCGCUGCUCCCGCACGUCCGCGCCUUCGCCUACACCUGGUUCAACCUGCAGGCGCGCAAGCGCAAAUACUUCAAGAAGCACGAGAAGCGCAUGACCAAGGAUGAGGAGCGCGCCGUCAAGGACGAACUGCUGGGUGAGAAGCCCGAGGUCAAACAGAAAUGGGCCUCGCGCCUCCUGGCCAAACUUCGCAAGGACAUCCGGCCCGAGUGCCGCGAGGACUUUGUGCUGUCCAUUACGGGCAAGAAGCCCCCGUGCUGCGUACUGUCCAAUCCGGACCAGAAGGGCAAGAUGAGGCGGAUCGACUGCCUCAGGCAGGCGGACAAAGUGUGGAGGCUGGACCUGGUGAUGGUCAUCCUCUUCAAGGGCAUACCCCUGGAGAGCACGGACGGCGAGCGGCUGGUGAAAGGAGGCCAGUGCUCCAACCACAUCCUGUGCGUGCAGCCGCACCACAUCAGCGUUUCCGUCAAAGAGCUGGACCUCUACCUGGCCUACUUCGUGCAGGAGAGAGAGGCAGCGGAGCAAAGCAGUAGUCCUCGUACAGGUAUUGGUUCAGACCAGGAGGACAGUCGAGCCGCAACAAUGGAUGGGCCUGAGUUUCAGGAGAGCUUUGUCACAUCGGGAGUGUUCAACGUGACAGAACUGGUGCAAGUGUCCAGAACACCCGUGGUGACGGGAACAGGGCCAAACUUCUCUCUUGGGGAGCUGCAGGGGCACCUGGCCUACGAUCUCAACCCCACAGGCGUGGCCAUGAGGAGAACCCUACCCAGCACGUCCUCCAGCGGAAGUAAGAGGCAAAAGUCCAGCUCUGUUGAGGGUGAUAUAGACACCAGCCCCGGAGGCGAGUACUACGCCUCUCCAAACUCUCCAGCUAGCAGCUCCCGAAACUGGCAGGAUGAGAUGGAAGGAGGGAUCUCCCCGACAGUGAAGAAGACUGAGAUGGAUAGUCCGUCUCCUCAGGAGAGUUCUCCUCGCCUCAGCAGCUUCACACAGCACCACAGACCCGUCAUCGCAGUGCACAGCGGUAUCUCUCGGAGUCCGCACCCCUCCUCGUCGCUGCAUUUUUCGACUACCCCCAUUCUGCCCCAGUCCACCUCCACCUACUUCCCGCAUACGGCCAUCCGCUAUCCCCCCCACCUCAGCACGCAAGACCCGCUCAAGGACCUGGUCUCUCUGGCCUGUGACCCGUCAGAUCCACAGGCCAGCCCGGUAAGCCUGCUCGUCCAAUCAAGACUGAAUGGCAGUGGUCAGGUGAAGGUCCCCCCUCACUACAUCUCCUCUCAGAUGCUGGCCCCUCCGCCUCCCCCGGCCCUGCCCCGACUGACGUUGCCCCCUGACUCCAAAUCCAGCACCACCUCUGCAGACGCAGCCUCCAGCUCGCCCACCUCCCCCACAUACUCUGCUCCCGGGACACCACCUGCCAACCGCUCCUUCGUAGGAAUUGGCUCUCGAGACCCUGCUAGUCUGUAUCAGGCUCAGUCCUGGUAUCUGGGGAACUGAUCUAGACGCAGCAGAUUCACCCGAGGGGGCGCGGACACGGAUCUGAGAUUUAUCUUUUUUUUUGUGGAAUUACGGAAACAACAAAAGAUUGUGAACAAGAUGCAAGAGGGAAAACAGAUAUAUAUGCAGUAUUUGUAUAUAUACAUAUACAGUAUAUGUGUGUACAUAUGGACAUAUGUGCACACAUAUAUUUCUAUAUGCAUAAAGAUAUAUAAAAACGCUUCAGUACACUUUUUGGAGAGAGACAUCGGAGAAGGAAUGUCCGGAGAGAGCAAGAGCGAGAGAGAGAGAGAGAGAAAAGGAGAAAGACUAUGGAUGCAUAAGAAGAGGAGAGAGAAGAGAAUGUUGUUUUGGGGGCAGCCACAACUGAACUACAGGGCAGAGAAUGGAAAAACAAAAAAACCUGCAGAAAAAUUUGAAAAAGCCCGCCUUUGCUUUCCUCCUGGAACGGCCCUCCAUCCCCUGCCCUCCCACCAACCCCUCCCCUGCUACAGGUGCUGCUUCCUCAUAUAUGCAAAAUAAGUAUCCUUUAUUUUCUUGAGCAACAGGGACGAGAAACGCGUGAACUGUCCCGCCACGGUGAUGAUGUCCCUGUUUUCUUUUAUUUCUUUUGGUUGUUUUGAAUGUGGGCAGAGGUUUCGGGGCAAUAUGAAGGGUCAGUGACUUCCCUCGAGUUCCCUUCACCUACCGUUUCGACAAAAGUAGGUUCGAUUUUAUCGACAAUCAUGUUUUAUUUUUAAAAUCACAUCUGCCAUUCUAAUUCAGAGUCCACGUUUUGGUGGAAACCAUCGUUUUUUCCUUAUUUUUUCUACCUUUGAUUAAAAUACGUGGUACGUCUGUGGCAUUAUGGGUCGCAGUCAGCGUGCGUAUGUGCGCCUUCACGCACACUCAUUCACAUUCGUGUACAAGCCCAUCCGAACAGGCUUCUUCAGCAUUGGCAUGUACUGUUAAUGGAUAAAUGGAUACACUAAGUGUUGGUCAGAUGAUUGAGAGCCUGUAGGAGCAGCGGGGGUCUUAUAGCACCUUCUCUGUGACACUGAAAAGCCCCUUGGCUCCUGUAGUCUACUGUAUGUGCGUGAGUGUGCAUGUCAUACACAUUUAAAGCCCUCUUAUCCAUCCCAGUGAACGUACUUACUCACAAGUAUGUGUUUUUUUUUUUUGAUUCAUGUAGAUAAGAGUAUCCUACAUAGUGACAAAGGGAGUAGGAUUAUAGUUCUGUCACUACUAAGACAGUAUUGGGUGUAGAGAAUAGACUCUUUUUUUCUUUUUUGUGUCAUUUGUUUAAACUGCAUUGGAAAUUACAGGCAUUGCACUACUUUAAAUUUUUUAAUUUUUCCUCUUUUGCUUUUUUUUGGCCUAAUCAUGAAUGAAAUGCUGCAAGCCAGUUUUUUUAGGACUUCUAUUUUGUAGAAAUUUCUUUCUCUCGUGUUCUGGUAGCAGGGUACAUGAGUGUUGGCUUCGGAGAAGUUCACGACUGCUCAUGCUUGAGUCGUGUAUCCCGACGUAGAGAAUGCUUCCAUUUUUAAAAGGGGAACUCCACUGAUUUUGAAAAUUUUUGCUUGAGAUGGAAACAAAGCCAUUUAGGUGGACUGAAGUGAAAUUGGUCACUGUAGAGAAAUGUACACUUCUUUACAGUGGUGGUCAUAGGAACCAGGGGUCACAGUGUCUACAACACAAAAAUAGGCAAAUUAUUUGCUAUACGCAAUGACCAUUGAACCUACAUUGUGUUUUGUGAGUUUUUACAUGUAACGUUGCUGACAGUGUAAUAGUGAUAAAUCUGGAAAAAAUAUAUUGCACUACUUAGAUUUUGUACCUUUUUUUUUCUAUUUUGCUUUUUAUUUUUUUGGCCUAAUCAUAUGAAAUGCUGCAAGCCAGAGUUUUUUGUGACUUAUAUUUUGUAGCAUGUCAACCCCCACCCCCCAUGAAUGUAUUUUAAAAAAAUAGAUUUUAGAUCCAAACUUCUCAGAACUGUCAGGCAGUAACGCCUUUCUGUGAGGGAGCUUUUAGAGGUGGACGUCUGGUUCCUAUCACCACCAUUGUGAAGAGUUCUGACUGUAAGUUUCUCCAGAACGGAGCGUUUCACACCAAACCACUCUGAAUGACUCUGUUUACAUCUAAACUAUUUACUUAUGUAGAGAUUUUGAAAAAUCACUGACUUCCCUUUUAUGGAAUGUCUGGAUUCCCACUUUGAGCGCGCUCUCUACAGACUGCUUUACUUAAAAAGUAAACCAACAGUCUCUUAAGGAGAGGUUAAAGAUAUCUAGCUGGAAGUUCUGAUUGUUUUUUUUUAAGCCGAAUCAUAGACUGAGGAGAAUGUGAACGGUUUGAGUACCUUUCGAAAGUUCACAGCCGUCUUGUUUCCCAGAAUUCUUUGCAUGUGGGACGCCCAUGACCAGCGGUGUGUGUGUGUGUGUGGCUCCAGGUCCCUCUUUGCUGGUUAGCGUUUUUUAUUUUUCUGAAGAAACGGGCUCGUUCGCUGCACUCUGAGAUGUGUUGACUGAAAUUGUGUUAAUAGAAACAUCAGGGCUUAAGACUCUGCUACCAAACCCAAAAUAAUCACAAAAGCCAUGAAAAGUGCCUAAGACAUUGCAAGAGGUUCAUUUGAUUUUUUGGGUUGGGUUUUUUAAGCCUUUUUAUUAUGUUAUUAUUAUUAUUAUUAUUAUUAUUAUUAUUAUUUGAUCCUGUUUUGAACUGGACCCACUGUCACCCUCAUCAUAGCGGGUUAUCGUGGAGUCGGACAGGUAGCACUGGUGUGAACAGAGUGGUAUAGCAAAGCCCAAAGCAGCUGCACCUGCAGUACUGUGCAAAAGUCAGAGAUCCCCCUUCGUUCUAGUCAAAACGGCCAUUAAGUACAAGCUGUUCAUUUUUUAGGGAAUAUUUCUGAGGAGAUUAAAUAGAGGAUAAUCUGUUUGCACAGGGAAGGGAAAAAAACAGAAGUUUCCAAAACUGGAGUUCAGAAAUUUCUUAGAUACAGAGAAAACAGGUCUCCUAACAACCACCUGGAAGACCUGGUAGACACCAAAACUGCCCCAUAAGAUAAACAGCACUUAAAGCUUUCAUCUUUGAGAGAGAGGAGAAAAUCAAGCUGCUUUAGAUCUGAAAACAUCCACAGGUGUUUCUGUCCAUCCUUCCACUGUGAGAAGACGACUCAGCGCUAUGGGUCUGAAAGGAUGUGUGGCUGUCAAGAAGCUGUAAUAAAGGUAAAGAGUGGACGCACUAGUGUUAUUAUAUAUGGUUAUUGAGUCUUCUGUGCAUUUUCAUGACACUGAAAAAUGAAUAACUUGUAUUUAAAUGGCUCUUUUGACUGGAAAUGAAAUCAAUUACGGUCUCGGUUCUGUACAUAAACACCCAAGAGGGCGCAUGGAACAUAUUUGCCCCCCUCUGGCAUCAGCUGCAAAUAACUAAGCCAACACAUAUCAAAGCUAGAUAAGGCCUACAGCAACAGGCCUACGACGGAAGGAAGGCUACAACAGUCCACCGUUUCCUCUUUUCUCCGCUAACCUUUAAUAGAGCUUUGCAUACCAGUUCUGUUCAGUCUGUGACCCGGAAUACAGACAUAACAUGACUUGUGUUCAAGGUGCUGACAUGAAAAACUAUAUUGAGAUCUAUAUAUACUGAUUAUAUAUAUAUAACUGCAUGGUGCUUUCUAAAGAAAAAAAAAGAAAACAAGAAUUAAGCUCAAAUGACCACCGUUUCGCUGACAUGGGCGCAUGGCAGAUACUCUUAGUACAAGCUCUGAAGCUAAACUCUUCCCACCAAACUACUUCUCCUUAAGAACCCCCAAUCCUCACCAACUACCCCCCCCCAAGCAGGAUAGAGAGCGUAGGACACGGAUGGGUUUUUACCUUUACCUUUGUACGACAUUGGUUUCGAAUUUGACCCCCCUCCGACCGGCCCCCCACCCCCCUCCUUCGACUUUGCACGACGUUUUAUAUAACACAUUAUGUGCCUUGCCUUUAGUUAAGAACAAUAAUACAUAAAAAAUUGUAAAUUCAUUUCUUUUUUAUGUAACCAAGUGUCGCUGAAAACGAAACAAAAAAGGUGUAAAAAAUGAAAAAAAAAAUGCUGCAUGUUUGAUUGCUUGUCAUUAUCCGAUUAGGACUAAUAGAUAACAGUAGACUGAGACGGGUGAGACUGGCUUAUUUUUCCCCCUUUGAUAAGUAUGAUAGUCGUCUUUCCAUUGCAUGAAAUCUUUCUUCUUGUUGUAUUUUUUUUUUUUGGCUUUUUUUCUCAUUUCACUCUUUUAUAUCGUUUCUCAUUGUCGGCCCUUUCGCUCCUGUAGAUCAGCGCUACAGGUACCUGCUCUCUCUUUUCCCUUUAGACCUUCAGUUAUUCUCCCACGUUGUUAAUUUUUUCUUUUUAAACGAUUUAGACUGAAUGUAGCUUAGAGUGAAAUGUUUCAAGGACUCGUGACAGACGUGAGAAAGAAUGGACAGAAAAAAAGAAAGCGAAAAUGUGAGUGAAUAGCACCCUUUCAUACUCAUGAAGUUCAGCCUCACCCUGAUGGUGGAGAUCAAGGCUCGUAAGCAGGAGGAAUUGGGAAGAUUACUGUUGACGGUGUCAGGACCUGCUCUCGGAGCAGAAGGAAGUGCGUCUCGGGCCAGACGGAGAGGCUCAAAUGGAAGAAUGUGCUGGGUUGUAACUUCGGGGCGUCCAAACCUUUCCACAUUUCCACCCCACACUGAAGAGAAAGUGCUUUGAAUAUGCAUGAUUCUAGUGUGUCAAACAGUUGAACAUGAAUAAAAUGGAAUAAAAUCCCCGUUUGAGGAAUUCUUAGGUUAAAGUCAAGCUAGAUGUAACAAAACUGACCUUUUUUACCUUCUUACUUCAUGUUACCGAUCAUACUAAGCACAAUUCGUUGUAUAUCAAUUAAUAUACAAAACAAAAUAUUUGUUUUUCGUGAUCAUGUAAUUACUUUAGCCACACCUCUAAAAUGUCUUAUGUUUUCUUGAUGAUGUCACCAUGCACGAGUGGGCGGGGAAAAUAAUAUUAAUUAAUAUUGCCAUGUUGCACCUCCCCCUCCCACCACCCCCACCUAUCUUCGAGAGAAAACGUACAGCUAGUCUUCCAGGCUCAGAUGUGAUCUUGUAACACAAAUACUCGUCUGAAGACAACUUCAAACUUCUAGUGCUGGAUUGCAGUGAAGUCUGACGCUAACAAGUGUACACCCCCUCCAAAACGCCCAAAUUUCCCUAGUCAGUGCUCUUUUAACGUACAGAGUACGAUCAACAACAAGCAAAAGAUGCUUGAAACUGAACUGUUUUCUCUUUGUUUAUUUUUACAUCUAUUGUGUUCUCCACACACGCGACACACACCUACAAGCUUAUUUGGGGCUUUUGGGGAACUUUUCAGUCAUGCUAACGUACAUUAUAUCCAUGAGCUAACGGCAGGCCUAGAUGUCUUCCUGACAGUGUUGACGAGUUCACCAGCACCCUCUACUUCCAGAAAUCUCACCCUCAGUUUGUUCCCACCCAAACUUUCUGAUGGCUUUUCUCUAGAUAUUUUUGUUACGAGAUCACAUCAGACCCUCAGCUCAGAGACCCUUCCUGAUACAGUUCAGAGGUACAUCACUGUAUGGAAGAAAAAUGCAUUAUUAUUUCUGAUUAACACUGACUAGAACAUGCAGGUCUUACUAAAACUUAAUCAUUGAUAUAUGCAACUUAGCGAGUGAGCAGUUAGCAUUUUCCAGUAGCAUGACGUUAGCUUUCAGUGUCAGCGCCGUUCUUACCAAAAGAAAGACAAAAUCAUGUAAAUUCAAAGCACCGUUGUUUCAGUGUACACUUCAGUUCUGACUUUACCAGAAAUAAUAGUAAGAAAAAAGUAAGAUAGCAUUUUGGGCAGUUUUCCCAAAUAGUGCUCCUUUGGAGUAGACAGGUAUGAUGCUUUGGGGACACAGCAUUGUAAAUCUGAAUCUGAAAUACUGGCUGAUGAUUAGAGGGGAUUGAGGGAAAGGCCAGAUUUUCAUUCUCAGAUUACUGUUAAAAUGAGCAAAAAUGCUAACAUAGGCAUCCAGGAAAUGAAAGCUAGUGAGAAAGUAGUUAGCAUGUUCCAUUAGCAUAUCUGCCAGUGUUCCAAAUUCGCAUAUCCGGAGUGAAAUAGGGUGAUUCGGUCAAACUAAAGAGUGAUUUAGCUUGAGAUAAGAACAGAUUAGAAUGCAAGUAUUUCAUCAUCCACACUCCUUUAGCCUGACAGGCCCAUUUUGCUUUCAUUCAUUGUUGCGAAGUUAGCAUUUCUGUAGGCAUGGUACAUUUUGAAGGCUUGGGUUCUGGAGGAAUUUUAUGAUUGAACCCCCAGUUAUGAAAGAGGAUAGUCAAUAAUCAGUUAUGUUUAUAAAAUUCAUUUUGAAUCACCUCGAUACUGGAUCUAGUUGUUCGGUGCUGAACAUUAGAGCCAUGAUGGCUACAAUGGAAUGUGUAGUGAUGAUGUAGAUUGUACAUGUCUUAUUUGAUUAGUAAUGGAUCGUUUGGGCUUAUAGUCUUCAUUUAACCCUCAAACAAUCAGCUUUUCUGACGGUUGUUCCCCAGAAACUGAUCUGGAAAAAAAUGUUCUGGAGCUGUCCAAACCAGCAUAAACACAAAACUCAACCCCCACCCCACCACCACCAGUUAUCACCGACUUGACAUUUUUAGAAAAUGUUUCAUUUAGAUACUCCAAGAUGCUUUGGUAGACUUCCUUUAUUUCUUUCUUUCUUUUCUCCUUUCUUUCUUUUCUUAUUUUUUAAAUUCGAGCGUAGGAUAGGUAAUUUAUAAUUUCUUACUGCAUAGUGUAAGAGGAGUGUGUUGAAAAAGAGAAGAGAUUGUAGUUUUGUUUUUUUCCAGCAGGGUCAGUAAAGGCCAUGUUAGUUUGUGAUGCAGUGUAUAGUACUGUUUCUGCAAUGCAUAUUGCAAUGCUGGUAGCUAUUAAGAUUUGCUGGUAGCUAGUUAAAAAAAAAGAAAUAAGUGGAAUCGGCAGAACAAGAGGUUUUGUUUACAUGAUGCCGUGGUUAAGAUCCUGGCGUUUGAUGGUUUCUGAGCCCCUGGCAGGAGAGGAGUGCUGUAACUAAAGGCAUUCCAUCAAACCCAUACGACUCACACCUCUAACAAAAGUGCUGUCAUUCAGCAAGCAAUUUUCUUUUUAUUUAACAGAACAGGUGAUGGGACAGGGGUCUGGUCCUGAGGAAAGAGGGAGCGUGGUCCAGUGUGGAAAAUGCAAAACACAGCAUGUUAUCCUUUAAACGGUGUUCUGAAGCACAGCUAAGGUUGUAGCAUUGUUUAAACCUCUUAAAUGUCCAGGCUUUUUAAAUUCCAUGGCUUAUUGCUGAGUAACUACAUUAAAAACAAUGCAAACUAGGAGGACCUGCCAGCUGCUCCUGGCCAUUUAAGGGGUUUAUUCACUGUGAUAAAGGACUGAAUGGCAGUGCUGUGCAAUACUUUGAUAUACUAACACAGUAAUUUAUGCAAGUAAUUCUCACCUUUGUGCAAAAACCUCCCAAUUUUUUUAUUUAUUGAUUUCUUUUACUUUUUUGAAUUUCCCAAAACUUCAGUCAACCUUUGCAGCACUUAAGCAGACCUCGAGAAAUGGUCCAAAAUUACUUGGAAAAAGUAGUUUUUACAUUCACUUCAAUUACAAGUUAGUGAUAUUUUUUCCUUCGGUAAAGUAACCACUUUAGAGAUAAAAAGUUUUGUUCAGACAGCGAUGAUAUAUAUUUUGUUGGAUUUUCACCCAGUUUUACCCAGUUUUCUUCUAGAUUUUUUUACGACUUGCUAGAUCUCCCUCUACCACACAAUGCUGCCAAGCUGAAAGAGUGAAAGCUAACACAACCUUCCUUUGAGACAUGUGAAGCACAGCUAGUCCAGAUAUUAACAGCCUGUUGCUGAAGCCACACUUGACCACAUGAUUUUUAAAACCACAGUCCCUGAAAGUUGUCCCAGGCAGAUGUGUCCAGCCCACCACCUGUCCUGUGAAGAUUUGCACUGCUCCACACUCACCUAUCUGAAGCUGUCAGCCCUCCUGCCAGGGCAAGGCCGGCCAUCGGUGGGGUUAGUAGCCCCGACGCCAGCAGAGAGAUCCUGUAGAAAGGUCUGCAAGCACGCCGUCUGCUUCUUCUUCUUCUUCUUCUUCUUCUUCUUCUUUAUCAUUUGCUUUUCGUGCCAGACAGAAACGCUUCAUAAGAUCAGAUUUGUCGUCACCCCAGUAUGUAGUUUUUAAAGUGGCCACAGGUGAUGGUUGAACUUACUAUAACAUUUUUGAACAUUUUGAUUAUGCAUUUGAGCUGGUGCAUGUUUAAAAAGAAAAAGAAAAAAACAAAAAAAAGAAAAAAAAACGUAAUAUUUUAUUUCAAAACCCUUGACUAAUAUUUUUAUAGAACAGUAAUUAUGAUUGUUAUGCAUAUUGUUGAAAUGUUACAUUUUGAACACAUUAUCUUGUGUAUAAAUGCUUACCGUAUAUCUAGUAGAAUGAGGAGAAAAAAAGGCAAAAUGUACAUAAAAAUGUCUUUUUGUAUAAGAAAAUAUGUUUAUGUUUGUGUGUUUGGGUUUAGUUGUCAUAAGCUUGUGGCAAAGCCACAAAAAAUACUUGUGUUCCUUCUAAAGGAUCUGCUGUUGUUGGUGCACGCUCUGCACCGCAAACAUUAGCCUUUCCUGAGAGGGUACCUGGCUUCAGGUUCUUGGCCUGGAAAUGUGGACUUCUGUAAUUUCAGCCUCACUUGUUGUCAUUUUAAACCAAGCCUCAGUUAGCUUUGAGGGGGAUAUGCAAAUUCCAUCGCCUUUUUUUGGUCCCCCAUCGUUUUUUUUUCUCUCCGAGAUUCAUUUAAAAAUUUCUGCACUUCUUUUAUGAUUCACUAUUGUCACACAAGCUUGGAGAUCUUAAAACACUUUGUUUUCUUUCCUUCUGUUUCAAAAGAUUGCACUAGAUAACCUGGUAUUGAUAUUUUUUGUCUAAGAAUUUUUCUUCUUUUUUUUUAAAAAAUUGUGUUUCUCUAGAAAUAUUUCUGUUGGUCAACCUUAAUGAUGUGUCGUGUUAGAAAGUGACUCAAAAGACAGAGAAAGAGGGAUUAAAUAGCUGCUUUUUUAUGCUGUCCAUCAACAGUCAAUUAACCAUAGUUUCCCCCCACCCCCUCCAGAGGUCGUUUGUAUUGGAUUGCAGAGUUUGAGACUCAAUAAGUGAUAUGGCAGGCAAUGCGAAGCCUCAUUUUACUCGUGGAAUGGACUAGAGCCUGACCGAUGUAUCAGUUGACCGAUAUUUACUAUGAGUGGUUUUAUCAAUAUCAGUGAAAAUGCACCAUUAAUUAGCAACUUGUUUGGGUGCAAUCUCCCAACAAAGGUCGUGGCACUUGUGAGCCAGACAUGGCUAUAUAACUGGAUCUGAACUGCUAUAUUUUAAGAUAUUUUCAUGAUAUGCAUCACAAUAUUUUGUUUUUUUCUGUUGGAAGAGAGAAAAAAGCCCCAGUAAAAAGUGCCACAUUACUGUCAGUAGCUUCAUUAAUCUGAAGUAUCGCUCUUAUGAGGCUUUGAAAGCUAAUUGCUAAUUGGCACCCCCUUGUGGAGAUGUUUCAGUCUGCUAAAUAUGAGUGAGUUACAUGCAAGUUCUAUGAGGAAAAUGUAUGAGUAACGCAAGUAACCUUUGUGAUGGAUUUUUUAAUGAUUAAAUAUUGUCAUAUUGCCCACCUCAGCUGGCUAAUAUUAUCAGCUAUCAGAAUUUUUAGUCCCUUAAAGUAGGCAUUGGUAUCGGUCACUCAACGAUCAUAUCGGUCAGGCCCUAAAACAGACAGACAAACGUGUGAUCAGCAGGAAUUCAAGCCCCACUCUGAUCAGAGUGCCUUUUCCAGUCUUAGCCCAGUAUUGAAUGUCAGAGUUCAGCUCUAGGAUGCACUGCUCUGGUAGUCUGGAUGUGCAAUGGCAGAUCGUUUGACCCCGUGUGUGAUUCGAUAUGCUGUGUUCCCCGAUGGUUAACGUCUCAGUGUUUGAAGAAGAAUAUGGUUAGUACUGUAUUAUAUUAAUAUAGUAUGCAUAAUUAUGCACUAUAGCAUCGCAGCGAGUAGGGGAAGAGGCAUAUGGCGAAUAUUGGCACUUUUAAAGUUAGUCGUGUGUAGCUAAACUGAGGGUAAUAGGCAUGAAAUGUCGCUUGUAUUCCACAUUUUGUUUUACCCGUUACAAAAGUGUUUCCAGAUUUGCUUUUUUCUUGGCCUGCAGUUCAGCCACUGGUUGAAGAUAAUGUAGUGAGGAUACAAGACUCGAGUUAGCGAGUCUCGUUAGGGUUUAGUCUCGUGUUUUAUUCUUUUUUAUUCUACCCUUCCAUGGUCUGGAUAUUAAACGUGAUGGUACUAUGAUGUAAGUGAAACAGCAAACCUCUGCAAGUUCUUCGUACUAUGUUUCCUUUCCUCGUAUGUAAGGGCUGGACAAUUUAUUCAGGGCAGAGUCUCUGGAAUUUGGUCUCUACUUUUUACCUUUUUACAUUCUUUUAUUCUUUUUUUUAAUACGUGUCCAUGGUUCAAACAGCUCAUUUAAGACAGCACAGCUAAUACUGGAAUUAUCCGUUGGAAGCUUGGGACUCGGUGCAUGGAAAAGUCAACAUGCAUUGGCAAAACACCUGGGAUAAUCUCCGCUCAAGAAGACCUUUUAGAGGAAAUCAGCUCAAUCCUCGCUCGCUGAGAUUAGAGUAAGGCAGCUUUGCUCUUUUUUUAACAUUCAAUUUGGAUUUGACCACCAGCCUCCUGAGCGCACUUAACAGACCUAGACACAAAGUGAAACUGUCUGCAGCUACAGCAGGGAGCGUCAUCUGCACUCAAACAGCUCAAAAAGCCCAAAGGGCUGAUAGUAUAGGCCUUAGAGUGUUUUGUCAUUCCUUUAAUCUAAAUAAAAUGAGAAGAACCCAGGCUGCUUAUGAAAAGGAUUUAUAGCCUCCUACUUUUGUCAUGGUUUUCAAUUUAACCCUCUAUUGUACGAUGUCGCCUCAAGGCAACAAACUCAUUUUUCUCACUUUACAGUAACAUUAUACAUAUUUAAAGGUAACAAUAGGGUGACAAUGAAGGGAGAAGCAUGUACUUGAUCAUACUGUCUCCUAGUGGGCGCAUUUAGACCUCUUUUUAACAUUCAGUAUCAAUUUUUUUGUUAUUAGAAUUUGCGGAAAUAUGUUUGUUGCCUAGAAGCAACAUGGUGCGACAGUGGAAUGGAUUUAGCCAGUCACACAGCAGGUCUCACCACUUCAGGUAACACGACUCCUGCACACUUUUUUUUUAUUUUGACUUUUAUAAUCGGGUCCGAAAAAAUAAAUCAAGAACAAUUUUCUGCAGGAAAAGUGAACUGAACUUUUUUAAAAAGUCCCAUAAUGCGUGCAGUAGAGGGUUUAAACUGAGCCAGCAUGUUCUUACACAUUGGUUUAUGGAGAAAAAGAUACCUAUCAUACUUUAGCAAUUACAUUUUUCCUAAGAGAAGUAAAAUUUAGCUAACAUUUAUGCUAACUGUUGUAGCAUUCAUUGCAGUAGCAGUGGUUUAGCUUGUGGAUCAUCUUGGAUGCAUCACACUAGACUUUUCUUGGGAUUUAAGCUUAAGUUUUGACAUAGUCGGUCACGUCUUGCUAGGACCGGUCCUGUGUGCAUUUUAUAUUUUAAACAGGCUACGUUGCUAGCCCGUUAGCUAAUCAGUGCCACUUUGCUAAGCGCAUAUCUUUUAGAGCACCGACUGACAUUUUUCACAAAACUUUGCAUGGCAUUGGAUGAAAUUUCUUACUGAGUUUGAAAAACCUGAUAGGUUUCAUGCUAUCCUGCUAGCUAGGUCUGUAAAUCUGCAAAGAGGUUUUAUCCCAGCUGUGUUUGAGCUAAAGCUGUGUUGGCGUUAAAGGAGGGCAACAGCUGAGUCUCACAUGCUUUAUUGCAUUAUGGUGAGGUCAUUUUGGCUUUGCCUGCCUUCAGCUGUGGCUCUUUCUUUCGAUCUGUUCAUAUUUCCAUGCACCCGAGUCAGCGUUUUCUUAUGCAAAUCCUGGACCGAUGAUGGUAAAAGCUGGUUGUAUGAAAGUGGUUCCUUUGGUGAUCAUUUUUCAUGACCAAUCUGAGAUUGUUUUCACUCUUUUAUUCAUUUUGUUCGGUUUUCUCAAGAAACCAGCAGGUGAAAGCAGAAGUAUUUACUCGUGAAUAGUAGUAGAUACCAAAACAAAACAAAACACAGAAA